AUGGCCGCCUUUGGGGACGAUGACACAAUGACGAGCAGCAUGUACAGCUCCAUGCAGGGAUCACAGCCGCUGAAACGAGUCGAGCCCUCCAUACAGAAAUUCACCAAGAUUGUCAUUCCGACGGACUUGGAGAGAUUGCGACAGCACAAGGUCAACAUUGAAAAGUUUCAGCGGCAAAAGAAUUGGGAAAAGCUGACCACAGAGCAAGUCAAUGCAAGACAAACAGUACAGCAACUUAAAGCCAACAUCCGGGAGAUGGAAAAAACAAGGAGCCUCAUCAUAGAACCGGACCUCCCGGCUUUUGAUAGUAGGGUGUCCCCCAUCAAAGAAGAGGCCAUCCAUGCAAUCGUGCAGUUCAUCGAGAUGAAUGACAUCGACAAGUUGCCGCUAGGGGAAGCACACCCUAGCCACUCUGGGCCAGAAGUGGGUUCCGGUUUGAGGAAAAGACACAUUGAAAGCUCAGAAGAUUUUGAAGUGAUCGGCACCGAGGAUGAAGUUAACAGUGUUUCCGAGGAAUCCGAGCAGACAAAAGAGGCAGAGUCAGCCCAGUUGAUGAUGCAGCAACAGGCCCAGCAACAAGCCCUGCUACAGAGUAAAGAAUCCAUGGAGUCGUGGGAGAAUCUACAGAAUGACCUCAUGUCCUUGAAUUCAGUCGUACACCAGUUUGCAACACAUGUCCGGGCACAAGGUGAAACUGUUGACAAUAUUGCUGACAACAUUGACAAGGCAGAGGAAAGUGUCACCGCCGGUCGAAAAUACCUGAUCAAGGCCUCGACGAUUAAAGCUGCCGUUUUGCCCGUCGGCGGGGCAAUCAUCGGUGGCUGCCUCGGCGGGCCGAUAGGCCUGUACGCCGGCCUGAAGAUCGGCACCGUGGCCGCUCUCGGCGGCAGCGCGCUGGGCUUCGUCGGUGGGAGAUUCUUGAAGAAACGCAAGGACAGACAGGCGAGCUUGGAGUUGCAAGAGAUGGAUAGGACGCGGGUUCGGCGAGCGUCUGACCCGGGACCUUCCAGCGGGCAGAAGAAAACGAGAUGAAGCUCGUGUACACAUUGCGGGGAAAGAGGAGAACAAAAGUGCUCAAACAGAGGAGGUUUUCAACUAGAGAUUAGGACUCCAUGGAUGUUGGUUGGCUGCAAACUAACAGUUAUGUUGGCAAUAAAUAAGGAGUUGGGGUAAGGGUUUCGGCAGUGGACCAAUUUGGUGUGAUGGGUUGCAUCUUCACGUCAAAACUCCGGACAGACUUGUUGAAUGUAGCCUACUCUAUUGGAUUCGCACCGUUCACAAUGCAGUGGAUUCCAUGUGCCCCAACUGGGAACGAAUUGCAGGACCAAAUUGGGGAAACUUGACAUAAAGACUCAAACACUUACUUUGUGAAUUCAUUUUAGAUUUGUUCUUCUUUGUUAACCUUUCUUCCUCAUGAAUUUAGAAUCAUUCCUGUUAGAGAUAAUAAUUCUUUUGACGCUGAGUAAUCUUUAGUUGAAUAGUCUGGUGCUGAUUUCACAUAAACCAUCCUUACAAGUGUGUUUACUAAACAUUUGUUAUUAUGCACCAAGUCAUUGCCCCCUACCCCUUCCUCCCUGGGGCUAGCGCUACCCUUCCCCAGGGGUAGGGAUUGUCAUUGUCAGAAUGACCAAAUCCCCACCCCAGGGUAUCUCGACUUAGACAAAUACACAGGGGUGUUUUGUACCGAAAAAUGUUUGCCCUAAAAAGAGGACAAAAUCCCCACUCUGGGGCGUUUGUUUAAGUGGCCAAAACCCCACUUCAGGGGUAUGACAACAUCAGGCGAGAAAUCGGAAAGAAAUUGUAAUGUCCCCCAAUAUGAUCACAAAUGUACUCUUAAGAAUAUACCGCUACCAAAACCAGGUCAUUUAUUUUGCAUGAAUUUCUGACAAAAAGUACAGUGUAAAGAAAAAGCAUUUCUAAUGUAUUUUACAAAGACCGAAUUUGUGAACUUAUAAGUCCAUGUAUGGACAAUAAUUAUUUAUGUAAAUACCGGUUUUGGCUUUGUACAUAUUUUUAACACUUAGGUCAGCCGGUCAAUUUCUAUGAAUUCCAGCACUUGUCCAAAACUUUGUUACUUGCCUUUUAAAGUUACAUGUAUGAGUUUCAUUUGUUUGCUUUGGGCGCCAUAUUGAUGCAGUUGGUAUUCAUUCGGUCUACUUUGGGUUUAAGGGUACAAUGUGUACUUGUAACCUUUUGGCAGGUUAUUUAAAGAAAUAAUUUCUUGGACUUCGGCCUACUUUGUCAUCCUAGGCGAAAGUGGGACUUUUCGUUUUCUCACACAUCCUCUUUUCGUUUUUAUUUGAACAGUUUUGAGCCCAAAGACGCACCUGGUGCGUACAAAUUCAACUUUAAAAUAUUGCUUUAGUGACAAAGAUAUAAAAACAAAACAAUCCUUCUGAUUUGUAUUCAUAUUCCUAACUAGGAAGUAAAAAGAAAAGACGGAGUAAUAUAAUCCAAUGCGUACAUCCGUCAGUUAUUAAGACACGAAUAUUAAAGAUUCAACAAAAUAUGUUUAUCGGAAUA